AUGAAUCUCCGCAGAGUCGCACUGGUGACCGGUGCUGCAUCCGGAAUCGGUCGAGCGAUCGCCCAUACCUUCGUCAAGGAAGGGUGUACGCGUCUUCUACUGGGCGACAUCAACAAGAAAGAUCUCGACCUCGUGGCGAAAGAGCUGAAAGCGCUCGAUUCCUCCGUACAGACCGUCGUUAAGAAGGUCGAUAUCUCUUCCGAAACAGAAGUGCAAGCGUUCAUCGACGCCGGUGUGAAAGCUUUUGGGGGAAUCCACUACGCGGUCAACAACGUGGGAAUCACCUGUAAUCCCCGUGCGAGGACCCACGAGCUCGAAACAUCCUCCUUUGACCCGUUGGUUGCCGUAAACCUGAAGGGGACAUGGCUUUGCCAACGAGCUCAGAUCAGGCAGAUGUUGAAGCAAGAUACAGAGCUUGUGCCGAGAACUGGUGCGCCACCACAACGAGGCUCCAUCGUCAAUGUAUCCUCGCUAUUUGCUAUCAUGUCACAUCCGACAUCUGGCGGAUACGGUGCUACAAAGGCCGGGGUCCUCGGCAUGACCAAGACGGAUGCCAUCGCAUAUGCGACCGACGGGAUUCGUGUCAACUGUGUUUUGCCGGGUUGGGUCCAGACUCCAACGUCUGUGGAGUCUGAACGACGUGGGGCCAAUUAUGCUCCGGUUAUCAACACCAUCCCGGUCAAACGGUGGGGCAUUCCUGAAGAGAUUGCGGAGGCAUGCGUUUUCCUGGCGGGUGAGAAAGCGAGCUUGAUCACUGGCGCUGAUCUAGUCGUGGAUGGUGGUAAACGCGUUUCGACUUGGGUGGACUAG